UAUUAACGAAACGACCAAGAAGUCGCAUGGCAUAUGUCAUGGCAUAUGGGAUUUUAUUGAAAUUUAUUAUUAUAAACAAUAUAAAAUUCGACAGCUGUCUGUUUUGAUAAAACAAGGAGGUUAUGUGACUAAAAAGUGAUUAGAAUAAUAAUCAUUUGUGACACCCUUAUGACGGGACAGACACGUCCAUGUCAAACGACAACAACGGAUCGCAGAAUACGAUGAUGGACAACACAAGUGAUAAAGUCAAUUUAAUUUCAUUGAAUAAUUCCGAGAAAAAGAAUAUUCGUUUCCGUGGUUCAAAUAAAAAUAUCAAACCACCUGGGAAUCGUGUCGAGAAUUUAAACGUUCAUGAUAACAAUCCACAACAAACGAAAAAACACGGCUCUACAAAAAAAAGUGGUGUUUCAUUGUUGCAAUUUUUAAGGACCGAACUUACGCGAGGCUAUCAUCUUGAGCAAGAUGAAGAAAGAUUUUCUGCUCAGAGAGAGAAAAUUUAUUCUUUUAUGAAAAUACCGAGAGAAGUGGAGAAAUUUAUGUUUUAUGGCUUUUUUCAGUGUGCUGAUUCAUUUUUAUUUGUUUACACUUUUUUACCUUUACGAUUUAUGAUUGCAUUAUGGUCUGUUAUAACAAGGCCUGUAAAAUAUUGUCUGGGGGGUAAAAAAUUGGGUAAAAGGGGAGAAAGAUUUCUACGAUCGGCGGAAGUAUGUGAUUUAUUGAAAGGAGUUGUUGUAUUGGGAUGUUGGAUAGCAACUUGGAAAGUUGAUACAUCAAUGAUGUAUCACUUAGUGAAAAGUCAAUCUGUCAUCAAGUUGUAUAUAUUUUACAAUAUGUUGGAAGUUGGUGACCGACUUUUCAAUUCCUUUGGUCAGGAUACAAUAGACGCUUUGCUUUGGACAGCAACCGAGCCUCGACAACGAUCGAACUCGUCGCAUUCAAAUCAUCUCGGCACAAUUCCACAUUUGUUUUUCGCACUUGCCUAUGUCUUCUUACAUACAGUAUUGGUUUUAUUUCAAGCAACAACAUUAAAUGUUGCAAUUAAUAGUAGUAAUAAAGCUCUUCUUACAAUUAUGAUGUCAAACAAUUUUGUCGAAUUAAAAGGAUCGGUUUUCAAGAAAUUCGAUAAAAACAAUUUAUUUCAAUUGUCAUGUAACGAUGUUCGAGAACGUUUUCAUUUGUCGGUGUUACUUCUUGCUGUCACUUUGCAAACAAUGAAGGAAUAUGCAUGGCGAGUUGAUCGUCUCGCUGUUCUUUUACCUGAUUGUAUAAUGCUUCUAGUUGCCGAAGUUGCAGUCGAUUGGGUGAAGCACGCUUUUAUCACACGUUUCAAUGAUCUACGAUCGACAGUCUAUACGGAUUAUCGGGCAAGCUUAGAGCACGAUAUGUCGAAAUCGAGAGAAUCAUUUUCUGAUCCCUCUGAUUUAGUUGCACGACGAAUAGGAUUUAUACCAUUACCAUUGAGCGUUGCAAUGGGUCGUGUAUUAUGCACGACAAUAACACCAUCGGCAAAACCAAUUAAUAUUGCAUUAUUUGUACUCUCAUAUUUUGUGCUCGUUGUAUUUCGAGUAAUAAUAAGUCUCGUUAUUUUGGGAAAAGCGACAAUUCCCACAUCAAAUAAUGAUGAGAAUAAUUCUUCUGCUGCUGCUAAUAAUGACAGUGAAAUAUUUAAGAAGCCAAUGUCAAAAAAUUCCGAAUCUAGUCAUUCUGAUAUAAAUAAUACAAAUUUAACAAUGCCUAUGUUCUCAAAUAGUGCUGUUAGUUUAAAUAAUGUUUGUUUAAAUGAUGCUCUCCUAAUGGAAAAUGAGGAGAAUUCUGGAAAAUUUGAGAAAUUUCAAAAUACCAUUGAAGACACAUUGUCACCGCCGAAGAAUGUUGUGAGAGCUGGAAGUGAACCGUUACUCACACAAUGACCAGUAAUAUGCGGGUAAUUUCUUAAAAAUUUAGCUUUUUUAUCUCUUCAAACAAACAAACAAAAACUGUACAUAGAAUACUUGUAAAUAUGUUAAUAUUAUUACGAAAAAAAUGGGUGAUAUUUGAUAAGCUCGUAAAUUUUAGAAUGGAACUCAAAAUAAUUUUAUUUCUCGUAGACAAUUUUUUUUUAUUCUUAAACUUUAUACACAAUUACUCAUUUUUUUUUUAAAGUUUUUCAAUUCGAUCUUUAUUUUUACAGAAUGUUACUGAAAUUUGAUAAUUAUUUCACUUUUUUGUUGAAUGUUUUGAACAAUUUAUUAAUAAGUGUCAUUGAUAAU